AGAUGCAUAUAGUUACAUCCAGCCAUAUACACACACAUAUUAAAAAAAGGUGAGACUACUUGGAUUUUGACAGAGAUAGAAUAAGUUUCUUUUAAAGAGAAAUACUACGCUAUGUUGAAACCAAAAGCUCUUACGCAAGUUUUGAGCCAGGCAAAUACAGGUGGAGUUGAAAAUACUUUGUUGCUCAAUAGAGAUGGUGGUCUAUUAGCUUAUAGUGGCUAUGGAGACAAAGAUGCUAGAAUAACUGCUGCAAUUACAAGUAAUAUUUGGUCAGCUUAUGAAAAGAAUGGAAGAAAUGCAUUUAAAGAAGAUAAAUUACAAUUUGUUUUGAUGGAUUGUGUGGAAGGCAAAGUGGUGAUUACAGAAGUAGCAAAUUUAUUAUUAUGUUUAUAUGCUAAAGAGAAUGUGGGAUUUGGAUUAUUAAGAGAAAAAGCACAAGCGCUUGCUAAAUAUCUUGAUCAACCUUUGAAAACAAUUGCUAAUAUGCCUUAAAUAAGAUUUUAUAUGUAACAUAAAAAUUAUAAUUUUAGGUACUACUAUAAUAAGAGCAUGACUAUAAUGUUCAUAUUUAUAUACAUCUUUAAAUCUUUAUAAUUUGUAUUAUAUGUGUAUAUAAGCAUAUAUAGUAAUAAAUAAGUUUUUAUAUUUUAA